GAUUGAAAAGAAGCACUGAAUCAUAAACCAAAACACACUAAAACACCUUUUUCUCUCUUUGUAACUCUCAACUCAUCAAAAACUCAUAUUUUCAACCAAAUCCAAAUAUGUCUAACAAAAGAAACAAAUCUCCAAUUUUCCCAAUGCUUGAAUCUCAACAUUUCAGUGAUUAUGGCUUCGAUCCUCAGAUCCAUUACUUUCAGGUUUUGGAAGAAGCAAAGAAACACAAGUCAUCCUCCUCCUCAUCCAUUGAUACGUUUCAGUUCAAGCUUCAGAAACCUAUCUCAAGAGACGAUAUGAUCCGAACCACUCUUCACAACAAGAACAAAAACAAGAACAAGAACAAGAAACGUUGGUUAUGGUGCAAGAACGCUUUGUUCUUCUUCUUGAAGCGUCGUAGUAGAUGCUCCGGUGGUGGUGACGACAAUGAGUUUGAUGAUCGUAGUAGUAGUACUAGCAGCGACGUUCACAUUGCUAGAGCUAGGAAUUUUAGAGCCGGUUCUAUAUCUGGUCCGGUUUACGUGACGGAGAGCUGGAGCGGUUCUAGCACACCGUACCGACCGAUGAUGACUACGACGUCGGCGGUUCAGUAUUUGAGUCUACGGGAACUUAACAUGGAGCGGCAACAGAGGAUCACUACCUCUUCUUCUUCUUCUUCUAUGUCUGGUCCUAUUUACUUGGUCACGUGAUUUAACAUCAGUUUGCAGAAACUUAUUAUAAAUUUUUUUGAUUGGCUCAAAAAAAAAAAGGAAUUGAUAAGAUUUUUUUUAUUUUUUUGGGAGGUGUGGUUAUAGUUUAUUUGUAAGAAAAGCUAAGAUUUGGUUUGUGGGCCUAAUGGGCCCAAUUGUUUUAGGAUAUGAUAAAUCCAUUACAUAAGAGUGUUACAGAGAGAAGCUUAAAGGUAAAAUAACCAGCUGUUGUUGUUGUUGUUU